AUGCAGUCCGCAGCGGAGGCGGCCGCAGUGAAGCGGCCACAUGAGGAAGAAGAUCCGGCUGCCGGAUACUCGUGUUCACCCACGAGUACCCCCGCAACCGGAAAGAACACGGGACCCAAGUGGUCCACGGACGGAGGCAGCCGCGGUGUGGAUGCCGCGUGGGGAAGAAGAACCGGACGCCAGGUACUCACACUGGCUCACUGGUACCCCGUGACCGGAGAACACACUGGACCGGAGGUAAAUUCCGUGGUCCUGAAGCUCAGGGGAGCAGAGGAGGCAGCUGCAGUCAGCCGCCUGAAGCCCCCGAGCGAUACAAACCCCGCCAGGAAACAUGACAAGGCGGCCGAAAAAUAUACACAAAGUGGAAAACGGACAGGGGGCCUAGGCCAAGGGAAAAGGGUGACCGAAGGACCCCACAAAUCCAAAUAUAGAUAA